GACAAAUAACAACCACACUCUUUCAAAUCUGCUCAUAUUAGUUUGGUUACCUCUUACUGUUCUGCAACAGUAUGUGUAGUUUACUUCUAUCGGCAGACAGGAUUUUGGGAUCCACAAGUGAUUCCAAAAUAUCCAAUAUUACUGGUUCAACUUCGUUCAGUCGAGUUUGAAGAUUGUUUACCUGUUAAAAGCACGCUUUAGCCCUAUGUUGCCAUAAAGUUCAAAUAUGGUUUGAAAAAUAAUUGAUUAGCCUUACCCUGUGCUGCAAAAUGGCCUCAAGAGCCCUGAACUCAAAAGGCAAGGAGUGAGUCUGUGAAGCCAGCUGCGGGGCGAGCUCUAGAACUAGCCAGCGCUCCAAUCCCAGACCACGGAAAUCCAACACCAUAAGGCAAUGGGGAGUCACAAUGGCUUUCAGUGACUGUGGAGGUGCAAACCAUGGGCACAGUGAGAGCUCAUGCUUUCUAAAAUUGCCAAAGACAGCACCUGCUUUCAAAUAUUUUGCUUUCAAUUUUUUUUUUUACACCUGUAAUCACAGAGUCUAAGGUCCAAUAGUCUGAUCUGAUCAGUAAAUAUUUGAAGCGAGCGGUAAAUCGAUAAAAUGGGCUGCAACUUAACAAAGCUAACCUCUAAGAUUGAUAAUUCUUCCCUAAAGUCACAAUGUGCUCCAACAUUUACAUGCAAUACAUGACCAGCUGUACCGCAGGAGGGUCAAAAAGUACUUGAAUGCUAAGCUUAUUAUUAUUAUAAGUGUUGCUAAUUGAAGAGGCAGACGCUCCUAAGCAACCAAGAGCCAAGAAAAAAACAAUCAGGAAACAAUAUGGCUAUCAAGGUGGGUUGUCUCUUCCUGUUGCUGUUGCCUCUCCUGUCGCUAAGCUGGGCUGACGAAAUAACGUGUCUGAAGACCGUGUCCAGCUGCAGCCAGUGUAUGCUGUCGGGUCCACAGUGUGUGUGGUGCACUGCCCCUAAUUUUAAACGUCGCUGUAACACCUUAAGUGGGCUACAGAAGGCAGGCUGUGAUGCAAGUCACAUGUAUAACCCUCAAGGCAGUGUUCAUGUCACCAGGAAUGACAGCAGCAAUGAACCUACAACAGGGACUCUAUUCCUGCAGCCCCAGCAGGUCACCCUCCAUUUGAGGCCUGGAGUAAGCCAGUCCUUCCCCCUUUACAUCACCGUGGCGAGAAAUCAGCGUACUCCACAGCUGAAUAUGGACACGAGUCUCAUGCCGGCUGAAGUCAACAUCACAUUCAGCAACAUUCGACAUGGGAACAUGAUAGUGGAGGUGAAUGUGGAGGCUUCCAAUUGUCACAAAACUAGUGACAACUCAACUCAGGACAGCACAGGACCCUCGUUUGUCCACAUAACACCAAGAGGCUUUUUACAAAGUCUUAAGUUGGAGAUCAUUUUAGAUUGCGAGUGCGACUGCAAAGGAAACCGCGAGGAAAACAGUCCAAGUUGUGACGGCCAUGGAGAUCUUGUGUGCGGCUCUUGCGAAUGCUACCAACCUUACAGUGGACAACACUGCCAGAUCAAUGUAGGGUCAAACUUUAACAGGGAUGAUAAAACCUGUCGCCAGGGACCAAAUGCUCCAUUAUGCAGCAAUAGGGGGACGUGUGUUGAUGGCGAAUGCCUAUGUCACAGUCAAGAAAACCCAAAUGAACGAUACCGCGGAAUGUUCUGUGAGUGCAGCAAUUUUGAUUGCCCCUUUCACAACAACAGGUAUUACACCACAAUAUGUCCUUACGGCUGUAAAUCUGAAUCUUUAAAUACAUUUCAUUUUCUCUUCAGGAUAUGUGGUGGACACGGCAGUUGUGAGUGUGGACAAUGCAUUUGUGACAAUGACUGGACCGGUGAGGAUUGCAGCUGCACCUUGGACACAACCUCAUGCAUGGCAUCAAACCAGCAGCUAUGUAACAAUCAAGGGUUGUGUCAGUGUGGGAGUUGUCGUUGUGAUCCGCCUUACGCGGGCCCGACCUGUGAGAGUUGUCCCACUUGUUUGGGCCCUUGUCAGACUCAUGCAGAAUGUGUGGACUGCCGGGUGUUUGGGACUGGACCGAAAAAAGACAGGUGUCAGGAUGAGUGCAACUACCUCAUUGUGACAAAAGUGGGGAGCAAAACGUAUAUUGACGCACCCUGUAAAAUGAAAAGCCGUGAGGACUCUUGUUACUUCUAUUUCAGCAUCUCCCAAGACCGCGAAGGGAUACACUGCACUGCGGCAGCUAUGAAAGAAUGUCCAUAGGGGAAAAGAUCCAAGAGGCUCAAAAAUCAUCUAGAUCGAUUUUGGCCUUCUCAAACAUUGUACAAUGAAUCCUUUGUUUCAUAAUCCCAUGUUAGAUUUCAUUUACCAAUGUGAUGUAUAUUAGUCUAAAUACUAAACGUGCUUUUACAGGAUGUUUUAGCAUUAUACAAUAAAAAUUGCAAUAAUUAGAAAUGUCAUGUUAAAUGAGAUUGCUAUGUUUUGCUUUGCUGAGAACAUCAACAAUUGGCAUACCUCCAUUCGUAGAAUAAUGCAGUUGUUUCUGGUACUGAGGCUGGUACUGUGUUGAAAGCGUAGAUCCCUGGCCUGAAGACUUAGCUCUUGGCAAAGCUCAGUUUUCUUUUUCUCUAAGACAAAACACCGAAUGGAGUCAGUGAACUGUAACAGUUAUGAUUUAUAACAUAAGUGUUUAUUAUUUCAUGCUUAUGGUACUUCUAAAAUGAGAGGGAGACCAAAUAAAACUACAGCCUUUGGCAAUACACUGAACCGCUUUCAGGUUGAUGUUGUAAAUACGAAACUUCUUUCUUUAACACUUAUUGUUACAUAUGGGGUGCAAUUUAUGCUUUUGAUUAGGUAUGGUACUUACUAAAGACGCACGAUAAUAUUGGUUACCGAUAAUUAUUGGUCGAUAAUGGUCAAUUAUGACGUCACACCGAUAAUCCAGAUUUUAAAAAAAUCAUCCGAUAACGCAUUCUAGAGCUGAAACCAAUACUCGAGCAACUCGAG